CUCUUCCGGACGUCGGCCUGACACCCAGCUGUAAACUCGAGCUCUCCACUGCCAGGCCGCCCAAAACGCCAAAGCUCUGCGCUUUCUGCCCCCAUCCUCCUCUGCCCCGAGAUCCCAUCCAUGGCGGCCGCUCUGCCUCGCCUCUGGAUCUGAGCCCCUCCAUCCUCUGCGGGAUCUGUUGCUGACGCUCCCGCUCUCCGACCGCCGCACGGUUCUUUGCCGUGUAAGAUUCGCCGCUCCGUUUCUUGGGUCGGUGGUGGCACUGGUGGGUGGUCGGUAGCUGUCCGUGGUCCGGCCAUGGAUUCUUGAAAUGGCUCUUUAAUGCCAGCGGUGGGCGCCCGCAGUGUGCUGUCGCCGCCAUGUGGAAACAGUUUCUUGGCAAGAUCUCGCGGAAGUCGCCCAAAUCCGGUGGCGGUGGGGGCUCUCCACCGGCGAAGCCCCCGCCGUCGCGUGGCACCAAUGGGGCGGAGGCGGAGCUGAGCUUUUCGCCUCCGCCUUCGGCGUCGCCCGUCCCCGCGGCGCCUGGGUCGGAGACCAGGGAGGAUGUGUUCCUCCGGAAGCUCAACGUCUGCUGCGUGGUGUUCGACUUCUCCGCCGAGCGGGGGAGGGACUCGCCAGAGGUGGAGAGGAAGCGGCAGGUGCUUGUGUCACUCGUCGACUGUGUCUCCGCGGCCGAGGAGCCUCUCACGGAGGCGAUGGUCUCAGCCUGCGUCCGCAUGUUCGCCAUCAACCUCUUCAGGGUCUUCCCGCCCAAGGUCCGAUCUUCGGCCUCCGACGAGGACGAGCCAUUCUUUGACCCCUCGUGGUACCACCUGCAGGUCGUGUAUGAGCUGCUCCUCCGGUUUGUGAUGUCGCCGGUCGUCGAUGUGAAGGUUGCCAGGAGGUAUAUGGGUAAUUCAUUCAUUUCAAGGCUGCUCGACUUGUUUGAUUCCGAUGAUCCUAGGGAGAGGGAAUGCUUGAAGACAGUCUUGCAUAGGAUAUAUGGCAAAUUCAUGGGUAAUCGACCGUUCAUCCGCAAGGCAGUGAGCAACAUCUUCUAUAGGUUUGUGUUUGAAAUGGAUCUUCACAAUGGGAUUGCCGAGCUAUUGGAGGUGUUCGGGAGCGUGAUUAGUGGUUUUGCAAAGCCGUUGAAGGAGGAGCAUAAGUUGUUUCUGUGGAAGGCAUUGAUUCCUCUUCACAAACCGAAGACGGUGGGAAUGUAUUUGCCACAGCUGACAUACUGCAUUACACAGUUUAUCGAGAAGGAACCGAAGCUCACAGGGACUGUUAUCAGAGGCCUCCUGAAGUACUGGCCUGUGACGAACAGUCAGAAGGAGAUGAUGUUCUUGGGAGAGUUGGAGGAGGUGCUGGAGUUGACAGAAAUGGCUGAUUUCCAGAAGUGUGCGGUUCCAUUGUUUCGCAGGAUUGCACAUUGCCUGAAUAGCUCUCAUUUUCAGGUUGCUGAAAGGGCCUUAUUCCUGUGGAAUAAUGAACAUCUGUUCGAUCUGAUCUCCCAAAACCGCCAAGUUAUCCUGCCAAUCAUAUAUCCAGCUCUGGAAAGGAAUGCUCGUUGUCACUGGAACCAGUCAGUUCUAAAUGUUACAAUGAAUGUCAGGAAAAUGUUCUUCGACAUGGAUGAGAGAUUGCUGCUGACUUGUCAGAGCAAUUUCCAAGAGGAGGAAGAGAAGCGAGCCGCAUCUGAGGAGCAAAGAAGGCUUGUGUGGGAGCACCUUGAGAGGAAUGCUGCAUUUCAUCCAGUAACUGGAGACAUCAGCUUUGCAGUUCCACCUACAUCUGCUCCUCUGGUAGCUCCCACUAUGACAUGAUUAAUCAUGGGUUCAGAUGUACUUCAUUCCACUUGAUUGUUAGCUAGCUAUGGGUGUUGCGCAAGGAAUUUUGCUGCCUUUGUAAGCCCCUUGUGCCUAAAUCUGUAAUUAAUAGUUGCUGGUUUGACAACGAAUGCUUGAUUCUUUGGUGUACUCAAGAUAAUGUCCAUUUCUACUUGAUCGGAGGGAUGAGAGAGUGGUUGAUUUCCUCGGAAAAUUUCAAGUGGAACUGAAAAUUUCCUCGGAACAUGUUGAUGUCUUUUUGAUCUUUUGAAUUCUGAUGGAUCUACACAAACGCCAGAUUUGAUGGG